AUGGCACCAAAGGCAAAAGAAGUCGCAAAGACUCCUGCUACCAAGCAGGCUACUGCUGCCAAAAAGGCCGCUCUGAAGGGCACCGUGAAAAAGGUCCACAAAGUCAGAACUGGAACCCAUUUCUAUCGUCCAAAAACACUGCGUCUGGCAAGAUCCCCCAAAUACCCCAGACGCUCCGUACCAAGGUCUACCACUCUAGACCACUACCAAGUAUUACGUUAUCCUCUCAACACAGAAUCUGCAAUGAAAAAGAUUGAAGGAAACAACACUCUGGUCUUUAUCUGUGACGUCCGUGCAAACAAGCGUCAAAUCAAGGCUGCUGUCAAGCGGAUGUAUGAGGUCGAUGCAAAGAAAAUAAACACUUUGAUCAGACCUGAUGGCUCAAAGAAGGCCUACGUCAUACUCUCUCCUGAUGUGGAUGCUCUCGAUGUUGCAAACAAGAUUGGCUUCAUUUAA